GCUCUUUGCCCGAGGACAUUCCUUGAAAAUAAGAAUUUCGAGACUUCCCGUGCAAAGUUGCUGGGAAACACGCUGUUCGGGAAUGAGGACGUCCUGGGGCACACUCCAAUAUACAGAGAUUAAAGAGUUCCCGGCAAUUUGGUUUUUAAAUUGCCCUGCAAACGUGAAACCCUUGCUGAUCUGGCAGCUACUCCGCUAUGGUGGUGAGAGACAGACUACCAGCUGGGCGAGAGGGAGGCGCCGGGCGGAAGAAUGGCAGGCGUGGCCAACCCGGAGGCGGCUGGAGGCCGCGCCCCCUUCCCAGAGUGCCCCGCAGCCGCUCCCCGCGAGAUCUCUUUUCCAGCCAGCCCUGGCCCGGCUCAGAAGGUGCUCCCACCAUGGAUGGGCUUCGGGCUAGCGCAGGGCUGUUGAGGCGCGGGCGGUUGAGACGCCGGCGCCAGCCGCAGCCACACAGCGGGUCGGUCCUGGCCCUGCCCUUAAGGCCCAGGAAGAUCCGAAGGCAGCUGAGGAGAAGCGUGGCGUCCCGCAUGGCCGCACUGAGGGCCCAGACACUGCCGAGCGAGGACUCGGAGGACUCGAGGGUGGAGUCGACGGUCGACGAUCCUGGAGACCCGCUGGCUGGUGGGGCAGCGACCAUCCCGGAUGCGGCCCGGCGAGAGCCGUACGGUCACCUGGGGCCUGCAGAGCUGCUGGAGGCCUCGCCCGCGUCCCGCUCCCUGCAGACCCCCCGCGCGCUGGUGGAGGCGCAGACCCCGCCGGCCCGCCUGGUGGAGGCGCAGACCCCGCCGGCCCGCCUGGUGGAGGCGCCCGCCCUGCCCGCGCGCCUAGUGCCGGCUCCCGCGCCUCCCGCGCGCCUGGUGGAGGUGCCCGCUGCGCCGGCGCGCGUGGUGGAGACCUCGGCGCUGCUGUGCCCUGCCCAGCACUUGGCGGCCGCCCCGCCAUCCGUGGCCCCCGCAACGCUGUCGGGGCCGCAGGUGGAUAGCACCGGAGGGGAGUUGGCCUGGGACUCGCCGCUGCAGCGCGUCCUGGCGGAGCUGAACCGCAUCCCCAGCAGCCGGCGGCGGGCCGCGCGCCUCUUUGAGUGGCUCAUCUCGCCCAUGCCGCCCGACCAUUUCUACCGGCGCCUGUGGGAGCGGGAGGCGGUGCUGGUGCGGCGGCAGGACCACGCCUACUAUCAGGGGCUUUUCUCCACCGCAGACUUGGACUCCAUGCUGCGCCACGAGGAGGUGCAGUUCGGGCAGCACCUGGAUGCUGCUCGGUACGUCAACGGGCGGCGCGAGACCCUGAACCCCCCCGGCCGCGCGCUGCCUGCCGCCGCCUGGGCCCUGUACCAGGCCGGCUGCUCCCUGCGCCUCCUCUGUCCGCAGGCUUUCUCGACCACAGUGUGGCAGUUUUUGGCCGUGCUCCAAGAGCAGUUUGGUAGCAUGGCAGGCUCCAACGUUUACCUAACGCCCCCCAAUUCGCAGGGCUUUGCCCCCCACUACGACGACAUCGAGGCUUUUGUGCUGCAGCUGGAAGGUAGGAAACUCUGGCGUGUGUACCGACCCCGGGUACCGACUGAGGAGCUGGCCCUGACAUCCAGUCCCAACUUCAGCCAGGACGACCUCGGUGAGCCGGUGCUGCAGACUGUGCUGGAACCUGGAGAUUUGCUCUACUUUCCUCGGGGCUUCAUUCAUCAAGCCGAAUGCCAGGAUGGAGUGCACUCUCUGCACCUCACCUUGUCCACGUACCAGCGCAAUACCUGGGGCGACUUCCUGGAGGCCGUCCUGCCCCUGGCAGUGCAGGCUGCCAUGGAAGAAAAUGUGGAGUUCCGAAGGGGUCUUCCCCGAGAUUUCAUGGAUUACAUGGGGGCCCAGCACUCAGAUUCCAAGGAUCCACGAAGAACCGCUUUUAUGGAGAAGGUGCGAGUCUUGGUUGCCCGCUUGGGACACUUUGCCCCUGUCGAUGCUGUGGCUGACCAGCGAGCCAAAGACUUCAUCCACGACUCUCUGCCCCCUGUGCUGACUGAUAGGGAGAGGGCACUAAGUGUUUAUGGGCUCCCAAUUCGCUGGGAGGCUGGAGAACCUGUUAACGUGGGGGCCCAGUUGACAACAGAAACAGAAGUGCACAUGCUUCAGGAUGGGAUAGCUCGGCUGGUGGGUGAGGGAGGCCAUUUGUUUCUCUAUUAUACAGUGGAGAACUCCCGUGUUUAUCAUCUGGAAGAGCCUAAGUGCUUGGAGAUAUACCCACAGCAAGCUGAUGCCAUGGAACUUUUGCUCCGCUCCUACCCAGAGUUUGUGAGAGUAGGGGACCUGCCCUGUGACACGGUGGAGGACCAGCUUUCCUUAGCGACCAUGUUAUAUGACAAGGGGCUGCUGCUCACCAAGAUGCCUCUAACCUGAACUAGUUUCUUCUUGAUUGUUGGAAGCAAGACAGUGGUGAUUCUCUCUUAGCCACCAUUACCAUCUUUUUGGCAGGGGGGUGGGGUAGGAGGGACUCAUGUUCUUACCUUGAUAACCAUUUACCUUUAUGACUGCUCACAUUUACCUUUAUGAUUGCUUUAAUGUCACAAAUUUCAGAUGGUUUUCCAGGAAUCACCACUUCAUCUAGGCACAAAAGUAAAAGCAGAAGUUGGAGGUGGAAAAAAGGAGCAAUUUUUGCAGAAGUAACUUUGAUCCCUGAUCAUUUCAGAGCACCAGCUUCAUCACCCUCAGGCUUCAGCGUACUGUGUAGCACUUGCUGUGUCAUUCUGCUUGAGACAUUAGAAGUUUUUAUUUGGAAUUUGCAUCCUUCAUUUGAGUUCUCUUCAGUUUGGGGGGAGGGUUGGGUUGGAAGAAUCUUCCCCAAACCUGGAAAGUGAAUGUUUUCAUGGUUGGUGGAAAAGAGCCUGGUGUACCAGAGAGAGCACUGGACUUGGAACCAGAAGACCUGGGUUUGGGGUGGUGGCUGGUAGGCAGCUGGCUGAAUGAUCUGAGGCUGCCGCUACACCUGGGCACACAGAUUUUGUAAGUAUAUUUUGGUACAGCUUGAUGUCUGCACUUCAUUUAGGUUGUGUCUGGAACUUUCAGAGCCUAUCACCAUAUCUGAUAGGUGCAGUUAUAUAUAAGGUUGAGAACUUUCUGAGGUCUUUUUUUUUAAGUUGGGAAAGCAUGGAUGUACAUAAAAUAAAAAUGAUAGCUCUCUCUCCAGUUCUACUUUCCAGAGGUAACUACUAUUAAAAGUUAAACUCACAAGACUUUGUUUGGAUGCUUAAUCGAACAUACGGUAGUUUGUUUGUUUUUUGGUUUGUUUUAUACGCUUGUUUUUCUAAUCUGUCAGUUUUGGACCUAACUUUUCAAAUCAGUUCAGUUAGAACUACCUCUUUUUUUCUUUUUUUUUUUUAAGUGACAAAAUAGCAAAUAAAAACCAGGGGACAGACAGAAAAAAAAAAAGGACUAAAAGGAUGGCAGCUAAGAAGGAAAGGUAAUAACCUUUCCUGACUCAUCCUACCAGGCUCAAAACUAAACUCCCCAAACACCAGAUCCCAGAAAAGGCUUGUUAAAGGAGUCACGUGAUAGUACUCACCCCUAGGGAACCUACCCUGAAAAGUUUGUUGUAGAAAAGUAUGGAGUUUCAAUGGUUUAUGCCCUUCCUUGGGCUGCCAGUAGACACGUUUUGCUUCCUCCUUCAUUUUUCCUAUGGCCCUCUCCAUCCUGAAUAUUUUCUGUGUCAGCAAAUCCUUUUGGCUUAGUGUUUGAAUCUAGAUCAGAAGAAAUGAUGUUGAAAAAAACAAUUGUAUUAGGCUGCAAAUCAUCAAAAAGCAUUAAUAAAGUAAUGUAUUGUGCCUGUUGGUGUUAGGUGGUGGUACAAUGCCUCAGAGCAUUCUCUUCUGAUGUUGGUUUUACACUUGUUAAUGAGAAAUUUACUUUAGCUUUUUGGGCAUGAUGAAAGGAACCUAAGAAAUGCUUGCUUGAUGUGAAGCUGGUUUUGUGAAUUAUAUGAAGGAAGAAUCUUACAUUUUUAAAGUCUUUGUCCCUCUGUUUCUUCAUCUCCUCUAACAACUCUGAAAAAUUAGAACCACCUGUUGAACUAGAAUGUUCUUUGGUAAAAGCCCAGAUUAGGAGGUUAAAAAGGAAAAGGAAAAUCUAGGGGUCUAGCUCUAGCCACUCAUUCCAUCUCUAGGUCUACUUGUAAAAAACAACUUGGGUUUAGUUGAUGGUGGGCAGAAAAUGGGAGGGGAAGGAAAUAUAUUUCAGAAACAACAACCCUGAUUUUGAGGGCUACUUGAUAGGCUGAUGCGCUGAUUGUUUUUAUUUUUUAUUUUUUUUUUACUAAUAGGGUUUUAUACUCUGAUCUUGCAUAGAUGUUUUUGUAUCUUCAGAAAAUAUGUAUCUGAGGGGUUGUAGAAAGUAUUUCUGUGAUGGUGAAAAGGGUCUGAGGAACUCUUGAAAACAUAGCUUGCACUUAACUACCCUGUUCUUGAUCUCCUGAAACAUUUCUUGGUUUCCUUCGUUUUCUAAGUUGAGUAUCUUCAUGGCCUGGUGAAUUUCCCUGAAAGAUAAGAGGUACUUCUUAGAUUGUUCUUAUCCUCGUAUCGGUGGAAAAUACAGGAGUAGGAAUCAGACAAGAAUCCUAAAUUCCAAUCUUCACUGCAUUUUGCUGAGCCUUAUCUGCAAAACUGGUAUGGUGCUUAGCUUAUAGGGAUGUUGGUGUAGUUUCUAGGAGGAUAUAUUCGAAGAUACUAAUGGUACCAUUUAUUGAACACCUUAAUGGUGGGUACUAAACAUGUCAUCUCUUUAAUUAUUACCACAGACCCAUAAGGCAGAUUUAUAAUCUGCAUUUGGUAAUGAAAAAACAGGCUCAGAAAGUUUAAGUAACUUACCCAUGUUCACAUUGCUAGUAUAUACCUGAGCCUGGGAUUCAGACCCUGGUCUUUUUGACUCUAAAGCCUGUCAUCACAGUAGGCACUUGAUAAAUGUUAGCUGGAUAAAUGAAUAACUUAAAACCACCUGGAAUGGAGAACAGGUAUGUGAACUUCAUGACCUAUCUAAUUUAGGCCAGUUUUUCUGUUACCCACUUAGAUAGGUAGGUAGGUAGGUAGGUAGGUAGGUGGAUGGCACAGGUGAGCCUGUGCUUUUACAGCCAUUAGACAGCCUAGAAACGCAGGGAUGUAUUGUGUUAACAAGGAUGGGAGAGUGGGCAGUAUAAGAGGUCACGGCAGGAGUCAGGUUCAGAGCUUACUUUAGAACAGCCUCAUGGUUCUCUAGGAGCAGCACAUCUAGGAAGGUGUCCCUGACCCGGUCCCCUUGGAGGUUGAGGGCUAGGAUGCUACGGCAAGCUUCUAGUCGUACACCUGGUGACUCUUCAUAGUGGAUGGCCCAGAGCAGGAGGUCUGUCAGCUGGGGACUCACUUGGCCAAUCUGACCCAAAGCUGCAGACAUUAGAGGGCAGUAUGUAUGUUCCACUGUCACUUAAGAGGGAGUUGGCUAUAUCCUAACAUCCAGAAAUGGCCUUAUUAAUAAAUAGUAAUAACACAUAGACAGCUACCUGCUAAAUUAAGUAUUGCAAAUCUUUAAGUAUUUUGUUGGUAUCUUUUUCUGGAUGGCAAUUAUCAUUAGAAUUUUAGGGAUGGGUUAAAGUAGGACAUUGUCUCCAAAGGAUUCCUGUGGGGAUGGGGAGGGAGGAUCCAUCCCAUCUUUACCCAUUACAAUAUGAAAAUAAACUAAUUUACUUAUUUAUCUAGGGAUGAGAUAAUGGGGCGGAUAACUCAGAACAUUGGCCUCAUCAAGUCAAGAUGAUGGGGAAAGGACACACAAUUACUUCACAGGUUUACCUUGGGCAAAGAUUGUCCAAGAGAGAAGCAAUGCCAAAGAUCCUUAAAAAGGAACCCUGGGAAAAUUUGAGGGCAGGGUUUUAAGUCUGCAGCAGUCUUGAAUCUGGUCUUUUACAGAGUCCUAUAGUGGAUACCUACUUAGAACUUAGUCCUAAUUCUAUUGGCAGGGACUGUCUUGUCAGCCCUUUGCCUUAACAAGUUUGACAGAGAUCUAGACUUGGGAUCUUUAACUGAAAAUUAAAAAGAACAAAAUAGUCUUUAAUUUCUCAGGCAAGAACUUCUGAGAAGGUAUAAUCAUCCCUUCAGCUACACCUUAUCCCCUUCCUAGAGAGAUUCUGGGGAUCUUACUAGCAUUUGGGAGGCUAUUUGAAGUUGAAGAGCUGGGGCCACUCCUGUCAUACCUUGAAUGGCAAAGGCCUUGAUUUUCCAGUAAGGAUCUCUCUCUAUCAGGUUCAAAAGGCAUUCAAGGACCUGGGAUGAAUAAAAGGGCAGUGUUGAGUGGAGAGGACCAGAGGAAAAGUGAACCAGAGACAGGGACCCCUCUUAUCUCUAAAAUGUGCUAUAAUUGGGCACCUGGGUGGCUCAAGUUCAGUGUCUGACUCUUGCUUUCAGCCCAGGUCAUGAUCCCAGGGUCAUGGGAUCGAGCCCCACAUCGGGUAUGCACUGAGUGUGGAGCCUGUGUGAGAUUCUCUCUCUCCCUCUGCCCCUCCCCCUUGCUCACAUGCACACGCUUUCUCUUGCAAAUAAAAAAUGCUCUACAACUGAAAAAUGGGCUUCUGUCAAUUCUAGUAACAAAUGAGCUAGAGGCUGAAGCACUGGUCUACACACACAGUGCAGUAGCUGAAUUAUCGCUUAUCUAGAUUUUCCUCCACUCACAGUUCUGUGGUCAUAUAGGCUUCUUUAGAACACCUUGAAUCAGGUUUCCCCCUAAUAAUUAGGGAUUAUAACUCCAUUCACUGGAGUUGAUCAUAAAGCCCAUAACUGAGGUGAGAACAGGAUUCAGGGAUGUGCUCAAGAGUUAAGUCUGGGCUGGCUGGGAGCAAAAUGUGGUUCUAACUGAUUGAUGUGGCCAGUCUACCCCCUAACCUUCCAGUUUCUGAUCUUUCGUUCUGUGUCCCCACAGAAUGGUGAGUGUAGUAUGCACAACAAGGGAAGCUCAGGUAAUGCACUCUUCAGGUUAAUCAGGUAAGAUGGCAACAUGUUUCUUUGACUCACCAUCUUAUCACGGAUCUGCAGGGCACCUGCUGCCAAACAGGCUGCCCGCCGAACUACCAUGAAGUCAUCAGAGAAGCAAUUCAGGAAACUUGGGAGAAGCUUGGCGGUCAUGAGCUUGAGCCCACCAAUAAGGGAGAGAGCUUCCACACGCUCCUGGAUAUUUCCUUGACUCAGCUUGACUCUAUAAAGCAUAAGUGCUUUUAUUUUCUCUCCUUAAACUUUUGGCAUCCCCACCACCAAUGCCCUCAAGAUAAAAUCCAACCUCUGUAGGGUCUCCAUUAUCUAUUCCCACCCUUUCCUAGUCAGCCUUAUGCCUGUGAGGUUGAAGUUUCACUGGGUAGAGACCUCCAUUAUUUACUUGGACCCCUAUUACUAGCAUAUGCUAGGCACUAAACUAUGUUGAAUGACUGAAUAAAGGAAACUUUCAUGUA